UUGCUCGCCGCGGUAGGCACUUUCUCCGUCAGGGUCCCCGGUUAGGCAGUCAGUCAGUGGUGCAAACGAGCCGAGGAAACAGACUUUUUGUUCAGACAAUUGCUGUGUGUUUUUGUCUCGUGAUUGAGAUGAUAUCGUGAUUCUCAGUGCACCUUUCGGAUACAAAUUGAAUUGUGUGGCGGCUUCUUUGACAUGCUCUACGCUCUGAAUUAGUGAAGCAUGGAAAGAAUACGGUGGAGUCUUUCUUUGAUCCUGAUUGGCUGGGUAGCCACAGCUCAUGGCUGCCAGUUCCUGCCAGCUGGCGACUACCUCCGCUUCGUGCGCGUACCUGAGAACGUGCCCGUGGGAGGAGAGAUCCUGCGGGUGCAGGUGCAGCCCCAAGGCCUGCUCAGCAUCCAGCCCAUGGACAAAGAGGAAGAUGCUCAUUACUUUAAAGUAUCAUCCGUGGAUGGAGCAUGGGCUCGGGUGUCCCUGGCACGCAGUUUGGAAGAGCUCGUGGACUCCGACAUUCCACAGAGCGUGCUCAAAUUCCGCCUUGCCUGUCUGGACCCCAUAGAUGAAACGGUUUCGUCAUCGUACCUCUCCGUGACUGUCUACGUAGAGGACGUGAAUGACCACGCGCCUACCUUCCUCGGCACGCCGUAUCACGUGACAGUCGAUGAACUCACGCCAGCAGGGCUGACGAUAUUCAGAGGAAUCCACGCCAUCGACAAUGACAAGCCGAACACCCCGAAUUCCGACGUGCAGUAUUCCCUUCUGUCGGGCGGCGACGACCACGGUCACUUCAUUUUGGAGAGCAACAACAGGGCUGCCCUGAUCUUGAAGUCACCUUUAGACUACGACGCUGGCGACACGGAAUUCAAUUUGACGAUUGUGGCCUCGGAUCGCGGCACCCCGCCGAACAAUGCGACCACCGUGGUCAGGGUCACAGUCAGGGACAACGACGAUCUCAGCCCACGCUUCACCAAGGACGUGUACAAAGUCAAAAUACCUGAGAUGCCGGCGUACCCCGCGGGUGCCGUAAUGCACCAAGAAGUGAUCUUGUCCCCGCCGAUAUAUGCAGAGGACCAGGACGAGGCGAUCAAUGCGACCAUAAGGUACUCCAUCGUGGCAGGAAACACUCAGGACAUCUUCUGGAUCGACCCGAUCAAUGGCUCGCUUUUUGUCAUUCGGGCCAUCGACAGGGAAGCCCUGACCAGUGAACGUUUCUCUCUUGCUCUACGGGCCUCGCAGAAGGACAACCCUGCCCGCCAAGGCACCGCAAGACUCGAAGUCACGAUUCUCGACGUUAAUGACAAUGCUCCUAAUUUUGAAGUGGAAAUAUACAAUAUUUCCAUCGUGGAAAAUCUACCGAAUGGCUUUAGCGUACUGCAGGUGGCUGCAAGAGAUCCUGACAAGGGUGAAAACGGAGAGUUUAGUUAUGAGUUGGAAGACCCAAACAAGGCGUUUUUGAUCGAUCCACACACAGGAUGGCUCACCGUUAAAAACCAGACGCAAUUAGAUCGUGAAAAGCAGUCCUCGUUGCGAAUGCGAGUACGUGCCAAAGAAAAAAAGCCGAGCCCAGAGCCUGGCUCGCGGUCAGCCGCCGUUUGGGUGACUCUGCUUGAUGCCAACGAUAACAACCCAGUCUUCCAGCCGUCAAAUGUCUACCACUUCCAGGUGUCGUCAGACGCUCCCAUCGGAGAGGUCAUAGGACAGGUCAAUGCUCUCGACCCUGAUCUCGGUAGAAACGGGCAGGUCGCCUACGACGUUCAGCGGGCCAACUCGAGUGAUGAGUUAGGCCGGCCUCUCCCGCUGCCCUUCAGCAUUGAGGCCCAAAGCGGUCUCCUGCUGGUGGUGGACACGCCACUGCUCGAGGAUCGCUACACUCUGCUGAUCGAGGCGGUUGAUCAGCCGGCGAACCCAAGCGAGCGCCGCACCGCCCUGGCCGUGGCCACCAUCGACGUGGCCAGGUCACGCCAGAGCAGUGCCGCCUCGUCCACAGGGGAACGCGUGCCUGGCUUCGUAGGCGCUCCCUACGAGUUUUGGGUGGGCGGCAAUGCGCCCGUCGGCACCACCAUUGGCCUCGUCCGGCUCAAGAACAUUGACAAGAAAACUGCUUUGUUCGACUUGCUGCACAGCUACAGAACCGGAGUACCUUUUGCGAUUGAAGAGCGCUCUGGAGUAAUAACUGUCGUCCGAGAGCUGUCGCAUUUCACGCGCACGCAUUACGAGUUUGAAACCGUGGUGACCGACGGCCAAUUCACCCUCGUAACCAACGUCACUAUCCACGUAGUCGACCCUGAAGACCCCUCAAUCCUGACUACCACCUUUACUCCACCGAGGAGCCAACUGCUGGAAACCUUAGAGUUCAAGGUGCGCGAAAACCACGCGGGCGUGCUCGUCGGCAAACUGCCUGACGUGAACAGCAAGCGCGACACGCGAUUCCUUCUCGUUAAUAAAGACCUGGCCGACUUGUUCACCGUUUCAAACGACGGGAGUGUGUACACGAAGAAGGACCUGGACAGGGAGGAAAGAGCCAGCUACCAUCUGACGAUCAUUUCCGAGGGCCGUGGUGGCUCCAAGGGUGACGGAAUUUUCCAAGUUUUGGUGACGGUCGAGGAUGAAAACGACAACCCACCCCGAUUCUCCCACAAAACCUACACAGGCCAUGUCAGCGAGGACGCCGCACCGAAUACGCUGGUCAAGCUGGACAACCUGGUGCACGCCGCGGACAUCGACCUGGGCAACAACGCCAAGUUCCAGAUCAGAAUCCGCGGGGACGGGGCAAACAAGUUCCGCAUCGACCAGGAGAGUGGCAAGAUUUUCUUAGCGGCGAAAGAGCCUCUGGACCGGGAGACGAGACCCAAGUUUGACCUACGUUUGGUGGCCGUUGACCGAGGCAACAUUUCUUCAGAGGUCGAGCUCACCGUCAUCGUGGAUGACGUCAACGAUAACGCACCGAACUUUGUGCAAAUGAUGCUGUUGGACGAGGCGGCCGUGGCGGACGGCAACGCGAAGCAGCGAAGGGAUACGGUGCUGCCGCUGAAAAACAUGUCGAGCAGGAACUACCCUGUCGUCAGCUUGGAGGAAAACAUUGCCAUGGGAUCGCCGGUGAUCAAAAUCGAAGCCAAGGACAUGGACGAUGGAGAUAAUGCAGUCGUCACUUACAAAAUUGUCGGGGAGAACCAACGAGAGAAGCAGGACAGGUCUUCUAGCGCCAGGCAUAAAAAAGAGCGGUCUUUCAACAUAAAUCCAAACACAGGAGAAAUCACUGUUUCAAAAAGACUUUCUCCCGAAACUGAGUUUCAAUUGGACGUCAUGGCAGCUGACUGUUGUGGCCUGAGCAACAACAUGUCUCUGAUGGUUAACGUCGUGGAUGUGAACGACCACGCACCAACCUUCAAACGCCCUUGGUACCAGUACGACCUUGCCGAGGGAACUUACAUGGGCUGGGUUCUCGGUUGGCUGCAUGCGAGCGAUGCUGACUUCGCAGACAACGCGCAUGUCACUUACUACAUCGACCCUGAAGAAGGGGAUCUGCCCUUCACCAUCUCACCUGAAGGUGGCGCCCUGACGGCGACGGGCACCGUUGACAGAGAAUCGGGUGAUUCGUUCGAGUUCCGUGUUUGGGCCGAGGACAAUGGCAAGCCAAAACUGAAAACCAGUGUCCAGGUGACGAUCAACAUUCUGGACGUGAAUGACAACGCCCCUGAAUUUUUCAACUUCAACCGUCGGGACGAGAUCACAGGCACGCCGAUUUACCACACAGCCAUCGACGAAAAUGGCCCACCAGGACAGUUUGUCCUUCAAGUUUUUGCCAACGACUCGGACUACACUGGGAACGGAAACGGUUUGCUUCUGUAUAGUAUUGCUGGCCCUCCCAGGAGAGAAUUCCAUAUCGACUCCAAGGACGGAACUAUCACCACCCUCACGUCUCUGGACUAUGAGAGCGCUAACAUCCACAACAUCACGGUGGUCGCCUCCGACCUGGGCAGCCCGUCCUUGACUUCAUCUGCUAUCGUCCUCGUUGCUGUUAAGGACCACAAGGAAUCAACAGCCAUUGACCUUAAUCCCAUCUUUUCAGAGAGACACCUUGAGGUUGAAGUGAUGGAGAACUCACACACUCCUUUGGUGCUAACCAUGUUGAACGUGACGCCGUCGUACCGAAACCAACACGUCACCUUCACCCUGCUGCCAGGGCCGGACGUCAACAACUUCUACGUGGACUCGAAGAACGGGACCGUCUACCUGAUGAACACGCCAGACCGCGAGCGGCAGAGUUACUACGCCAUCAAAGUGCGUGCCGAGCGUGCGAAAGCGGCGCGAAGCUCCAAACCAGUGCUCGUGUAUCCGAUGCUUUCUGACGAUCUUGGUGUUGCAGGUGACGAAGUGCGUCUGGUUGUUCACGUCCGUGACGAAAACGAUAACACGCCACGGUUUGAAGGUGCUCAAGAAGGCCGCCCCAUAGUAGCAGCCAUACCUGCGUCUGCAAACUACGGAGACGAAGUUGUCCGACUCUAUGCGUAUGAUGCCGAUGAAGGGUUGAACGGUGAGGUGCGUUACCACAUAGUUCAAAAACCGGAUGACGUGGAAACGAAAAGAUUCGACGUGCACCCUAUUACUGGCCAAGUCCGUGGUAUCACGAGUUUCGCGCGAGACGCGGGGAAGAUCUUCGGCUUUGAUGUGCGCGCCCGUGACAGACGCGGCGCCCCUGAUGGGCAUUCUGUGAUCGCCAAUGUUAUAGUGUAUGUGCUUGACGAGAACAAACAGGUGGUGCUUGUGAUGAACGCGAAACCAAUGGCAGUAGAGAUGAGCUCGCAAAAUAUCACAAAGGCGCUGAGCAGGCUGACGGGUCUUGAUGUGCGCCUCCGCAAACUGGAGCCGCACUUUGAGCUGGAUUCUGAUGAAGAGGUUGAUGCCACUGACCUUUACCUGUACGCCGUGGAUCCUCAUUUGAACAUGGUUGUUGACAUGACCCGGUUGGAGAGGGUUUUGGGUUUACACUCUGCUGAGCUGAAGAGAGACUUGGACAUCUUCCAGGCGAUGGAAAUUCGCGACCUGCCAAACACCCCAAGGGCCCAAAGACCGACUCUGUUAGCCGUGGAGGCCGGAGCAGUGGCCAUGGGCUGCUUUGUGUUCCUUGGGGCUUUGGCUGCCGCUAUCUGUUUUGGAUGUGUGCGACGCAAAAAGAAGCUCCGGAAGCACCAAAAACCGUGCUUUCCCUCAUCCCACAUGGGCUUCUCGAUGAAUUUGAGACCUCCAUACCUGGUGGAGCUGGAAGACGCGACGACCGAUUCCUACGUAGACAUGCACUCUCAGCACAGCAACGGUGGCCACUUUCCACGCCUCAAUCCCGACCUGAAGCUGAGCAGGACGACGUCCAAUGUCGGCCGGCUGCAGAGGCCGAUCGCCUCGAUGACUUCCAUGAGCAGGCACGACUCAGGGGUGGCCCUGCACCACCCCCAGAACUGCUCGUGCUCCAGCAGCCACGAAACUUCAAGCUCAAAUGGCAGCUAUGAAGACUCCCUAAAGGAGCUGAACCCCUCACAAGGCGCGAACGCGGCGGCAUACAUCGCAGAGCGACAUCAGAAAAAGAGGCAGCGGGAGCCGUCGAGCACACCCCCGCCACCCCCGAGCAACGUUCAUGCCCAUAUGGGAGUGCAGCUGGCACGGCGGCACAGCGAGAGGGUGGUCAUCUGCCCGCUUGAACACCACCCGAGCAGAAACCAACACGAGUGUAACUGACUGACUUUCGCUGACUGACGAUGAGAGAAAGACACACACAUGCACGCCCGUCACGACUGCUCGAAGUGGGUUGCUUGUGAUUGCAACCGCGCACGGGGCUUGCGGAGGGUGUGUGCGUUUUUGUUUCGCGUGCGACGAUACGAGCUCACUUCAGUUUUAGUCAUUUGUAGGAUAUUGUACAUAGUCUCUUUCGAUCGAGAUUUUUUUACUCUUGCCUAUUUCAAUCAGAAUCCGUUUGCGUUUAUUCCCCAUACUGUCUAUUCAACGAAAUUAUUGUUACAUUGGACAUGGACUGGUUGAGUGCUCAAACGUUUCUCUUGUAAAUAAAGUGCAUUUAUUUUUACACGCCCACAAAGUGGACCUAACGCGAUGUGCCCACACGUCUGUAAAUAAAUACCAACUCAGAGGCAGAAAAUCGAAA